AGGUCCACGAGCACAAGGUGGUAGCUCACAGAAAUUUAAAAGAGAGGAAGAUAUGGCCACUUGAGAAAGACUCUGGUGGACAGGAGAGAAAACUUAAGAAGUUGACUAUGAAUCAGCCAUUCAUCAGGAACAAGGCUAAGAAGUUUAAUCAGAGGAAUGAUCAACUGAAGAAUAGAGUUCCCUGUAGACAGGAGUUACCAUUGAUGGAGGAAGCAAAUAUUGUUCCAGUUAUACGACCAUUGGUAGGAGGUACCAAUGAGCCUUUACCGAAAGAAGAUGUGCUAAGGAGUAAUAUAGAGACUCCAAUGCCAAAAAGAUACCAUUUAAGGAGCAGAAGGGUAGAACCUACUCAGACAAAUGGAAUGUCUGUGAGAAGAAGAGGUGCCCCAAGGAGUGUAAGAGCAGAGCCUACCCGGAGAA